AUGUCUCUUUAUCAUCCUGUUUACCAGCUCAUCAAGACACACAACCUGCUGCCCAGCCGAAACUACAUCUUUGGCUACCACCCCCACGGGAUCUUCGCUUUCGGAGCCUUCUGUAACUUCGGAACAGAGGCCACCGGCUUCUCUAAGAAGUUCCCGGGCAUCAAACCUUCCCUGGCCACGCUGGCUGGAAACUUCCGGAUGCCAGUCUUUAGAGACUAUCUCAUGUCUGGAGGUGAGAUGGUUUCUCUGAGUUUUGCCCCUAUGUACUCAGUAAACUGCUGAUACCAGCCCUGUAUCUACCGACUCUAAUCUGGUAGAACUCUGAGCUUUGUCCUAUUGCCCAGUCUAGACGAAACAGCCCCUGUGCCUGCCAAACUGUAUUUGCUGAUGUCACUAUUGUAAGGAGCUGCUUCAGGUGAAACCUGCACUGUUAGCUUAUUUAUCUCCAUUUCAAAGCUUUAUUUUGCCCAACAUCCACUAAGAAUGUGUUUCUGUGCUCAACCAGUAUGGAUUUCUCUUAAAAUGUGUUCUCCACUGCAAACACACUGACUUGUUUGGUCUUUGGGCCCCAUGUGUGAUUACUGAGCCUAACCCCAUCCUCUUCCAUGUGUCAGGUAUCUGCCCAGUGAACCGUAACGCCAUUGACUACCUCCUCUCUCAGAAUGGAACUGGCAACGCGGUGGUCAUCGUUGUCGGGGGAGCAGCUGAAUCUUUGAACUGUGCUCCAGGCAUGAAUUCUGUCACCCUGAAUAACCGCAAGGGCUUUGUGAGGUUGGCACUCCAGCAAGGGUGAGAUUAGGGUACAAACAUCCCACCUACACACAGGGCUGUGGCGGUCAUGAAAUUUCGUCAGCCAGUGAUUGUCAAGCAAAUAACUGUCGGUCUCAUGGUAAUUGACCGUUAAUUAACAUAAACACAUUUAGCAUCUCCUGACUUCCACACAUAGCCUACAAGCCACUGAUCCAGACCUUUGGAACAUCUACAUUUUAAAAAGUAUAAUAAAUCCAUGUAAUAUAGCCUACACCUUCACAAUAAAUCCUUUAUUUAUUUUAGACACGUCUAAAGAAGCAUGAUAUGAAGAAAAUGUAGUCUAUUUCAGAAGAAAAGAAUAGCAUACUCUAAAUUGUCCUUAUGUUAGGUCCUGAUGUGGCUAUGCCAAAUGGUUGUGGGCUACACUAUUUCAUUUAGCAGACAAGAUUUGCUUAGAAUUCCAUGGCAUUAUUUUAUAUUAUUUUAUAGUAUGAAGAAUACAGUUGAACUGUCACGACUUCCGCCGAGGCUGCCCCCCCUCCUGGUUUGGGCAGGCUUCGGCGUUCGUCGUCACCGGAGUACUAGCUACUGCCGAUCCCAUUCUCAUCACCCCACUUGUCAUGUCUUGUCAAUCACACAUACCUGGUGCUCAUUCCCCUAAUUAGUAUGUGUAUGUGUGCCCUCUGUUCCCCUUGUCUUACGAGAGCGUGUAGCUCGGUUGAGCUACAUUUCACUGUGUUAUUGCCAAGGUGGAUGUUUUCCCUUGUACAGUUUCGUUUGACGCUUGGGGAGUUUGAUUUAUGCAAACGGAUUAAACUCUGGACUUCGGUAUUUUACCUCCUGCGCCUGACUCCUUCUUUCACACCUCAUCACAGAAUCACUCACCUGAUCUGAUAUGGAGUCGGCAGGAGAAGACCGUAUGCCUGGAGUUGUGGCAAGGGUCCAGGAGCAUUCCUCGAUGUUGGAUCGGGUUCUUCAGGUGGUAGAACGCCUGGAGAGGAGAGGAUCCGAUCUAUCGAGACCAGCUGGUCAACCGGAUCCAGCCACCUACACCCCAGCCCCUGGAGGGAUCCAGAUUGAUGGGCGUUUGAUGGGACUGCAGCGCGAUGUAAGGGAUUCCUACUCCAACUGAAGUUGUAUUUCUCCAGCAUCAGGCCGGAGCCCUGGGAGCGGGAGAAGGUAUCCGUCCUCGAGAGGUGGGCGAACAAUUGGUUCAUCUGAGGCAGGGGACGAGGACCGCUCAGGACUACGUGCUGGAGUUCUGGACGCUGGCAGCGGGGUCCGGGUGGAACGAGCGGGCCCUGAUAGACCAUUUCCAGUGCCACCUAAGGGAGUACGUCAGACGGGAGCUCGCCUGCCGGGAUGCCAUGCUAUCGUUCUCCCAACUGGUGGACAUGGCCAUCCGGCUGGACAAUCUGCUAGCAGCCAGAGGACGUCCUGGUAGGGGUCUGCCCGUUCCCACUCCGGAUGACUCUGACCCCGAGCAGAUGGAGCUGGGGGGAGCCGCCGGUCGAGAGAGCGCAGGAGGACAGCGACAGUGCCACUUGCACGAAGGGACAAUCCACCUCACAUCGCAGUCAACGUUCUUUUGGGUCUGGAGGCGGUAGGCAGGGUACUCACGCAUCACCCCAGGUAACGAACACCCAAACGUGUUCAGAGCCCUUUGCGGCGCACUGUACUUUAUCUAUCUCCUUUCCCAAUCACUUGGUAGGUUCCCAGUGUAAGGCGCUAGUCGAUUCAGGCGCAGCUGGGAAUUUUAUGGACAGGGCAUUUGCACACCGUCAAGGCAUUUCAUUGGUUCCCCUAACCAUUCCACUACCCAUCAGAGCACUAGAUAGUCGACCAUUAGGGUCCGGGUUGGUUAAGGAAGUUACGCUACCAGUCACCAUGAUUACGCAGGAGACACAUGUUGAGCAGAUCACCUUUAUGAUUAUUGAGUCUCCUGCUUACCCUGUAGUCUUGGGUAUCCCGUGGUUAGCGCUUCACAACCCCAAUUUCUGAUGGCCGCAGAGGGUUCUUACGGGUUGGUCGCGUGAGUGUCCGGGUAGGUGUCUAGGUGUUUCCGUUGGUGCGACCACGGUGAAAGUCCAGACGGUACCCCCACCGUGCGCAUUCCCCCCGAAUACCAUGAUCUGGCGCUCACGUUUUCCAAGACGCAAGCGACUAAAUUACCACCUCAUCAGGAGGGGGAUUGCGCGAUAAACCUUCGGGUAGAUGCUGUACCUCCCAGGAGUCUUGUGUAUCCCCUGUCGCAGGCUGAAACGGAGGCUAUGGAAAUAUACGUCACCGAGUCCCUGCGCCAGGGGUAUAUACGUCCCUCCACUUCACCUGCCUCCUCAAGUUUCUUCUUUGUGAAGAAGAAAGAUGGCGGUUUACGCCCGUGCAUUGAUUAUCGACCACUGAAUAAUGUGACGGUACGAUUUAGUUAUCCUCUUCCCCUCAUUCCUUCAGUGAUCGAGUCAAUGCAUGGGGCCCGUUUUUUCACCAAAUUAGACCUCAGGAGUGCCUACAACCUGGUGCGUAUUCGGGAAGGGGAUGAGUGGAAAACAGCAUUUAGCACAACCUCGGGGCAUUAUGAAUACCUGGUGAUGCCCUACGGUUUGAUGAAUGCUCCAUCCGUUUUCCAGUCCUUUGUGAACGAGGUGUUUCGGGACAUGCUUGGCCGCGGUGUGGUGGUCUACAUCGAUGACAUCCUGGUGUAUUCCGCUAUGCGCGCCGAGCAUGUGUCCCUGGUUCGCAAAGUACUGGUCCGACUGCUGGAAAAUGAUCUUUAUGCAAAGGCAGAGAAGUGUGAGUUUUUCCAGCAGUCAAUCUCCUUCCUCGGAUAUCGCAUUACCACCACAGGUGUGGAGAUGGAGGGAGACCGCAUUGCAGCCAUGCGUAAUUGGCCGACUCCAACCAUGGUAAAGGAGGUGCAGCUACUAUCGAAGGUUUAUUCGGGGCUUUGGCAAGGUCGAGCUCCCAUUACCUCCUUGUUGAAGGGUGGGCCGUCCCGGCUCUGCUGGUCUGCUGAGGCUGAUUUGGCAUUCAGUAGAUUGCGGGGUCUGUUCACCUCAGCCCUGGUACUGGCUCACCCCGAUCCAUCACUACCGUUCGUAGUGGAGGUGGAUGCGUCCGAGGUAGGGAGCUUUCUUAUCCCAACGCUCGGGCACGCCACCCAAGCUCCGCCCCUGUGCCUUCUUUUCUAAGAAGCUCAGAACUACGGCAUUGGUGAUCGGGAGCUGUUGGCUGUUGUCCGAGCUUUGACGGUGUGGAGACAUUGGCUCGAAGGGGCGAAACACCCUUUCCUCAUCUGGACAGACCACCGUAACCUGGAGUACAUUCGGGCAGCGAGGAGGCUGAAUCCUCGCCAGGCCAGGUGGGCCCUCUUCUUCACCCGGUUUGAUUUCAAACUCUCAUACAUUCCGGGUACGAAGAACGUGAAGGCAGACGCACUGUCUCGGCUGUAUGACACAGAGGAGAGGCCCAGAGACUACACCCCCAUACUCCCGGCCUCAUGCAUUGUGGCGCCGGUAGUAUGGGCGAUGGACGCAGAUAUAGCGCAGGCAUUACGCACAGAUCCAACUCCACCGCAGUGUCCAGCUGGGCUGCAGUACGUGCCUGCGCUUAUCCGUGAUCGUCUGAUCUACUGGGCACACAUGUCACCCUCCUCUGGUCAUCCAGGUAUCGGUUGUACAAUGUGCUGCCUGACCGAGAAGUACUGGUGGCCUACCUUGGCUAAGGACGUGAGGGUGUAUUUCCUCAUGCUCAGUGUGUGCCCAGAGUAAGGCACCUAGGCACCUCCCAGCGGGUAAGCUACAACCUUUACCAGUUCCACAACGACCAUGUUCUCACCUGAGUAUUGAUUUUCUCACUGAUCUUCCCCCCUCCCAAGGUAACACCACUAUCCUGGUCGUUGUGGACUGCUUUUCAAAGUCCUGCCGCCUCCUUCCUCUGCCCGGUCUCCCCACAGCCCUACAAACUGUGGAGGCUCUGUUUACUCACGUCUUCCGGCACUACGGGGUACCAGAGGAUAUAGUGUCAGACCGAGGUCCCCAGUUCACGUCUAGAGUCUGGAAGAAGUUCAUGGAACGUCUGGGGGUCUCGGUCAGCCUGACCUCUGGUUUUCACCCCGAGAGUAAUGGGCAGGUGGAAAGGGUGACUGAAGAUGUGGGUAGGUUCCUGCGGACCUACUGUCAGGACCGGCCGGGGUGUGCGGAGGAGACUUCGGACGCAGUUUCUUAUGCUGGGUAUCAUUCACAAGUGAUAUUAUAUAAUUCACAAGCGAUAGGCUAAUAUUGUCACCCAUCAGACUAUUCUUGAUUUCAUCUUGUCUUUACAUAUACUAAAUAAUAUAUGUGUGAAAUUUGAUUUAGAAUGGACCAUUAUCAUGCACCUGUCUCGAAACAGGGGCAGUGGGAAAAAAUACAUGUAAUCUAUGCACUUAAAUAGCGAAUGGAGGACGCUUUUCCUGUGAUUAAUUUUCAUGCCAGCCAGGUAGGCUAUACUCCUGUUGUAAAGCGAAGCAAUACGCUUAAUUUUAGGAAAGUUGAUAAAUAGCAGGCCUAGCCUAUAGAAAGGUGAUGGGAUCCUCCUCUUUUUAAUAGAGUCCAUCAAAACUAUAGAAAUGUUGCGCAACAUGAGCUCAUGUGCUCUCAUGAAGUGUUUGAUCACAUUUGCAUUUAUGUCAGAGUGAUUAGAGGGACAAUAGAGUGCUGAGUAUCAGGCAGUUAGCAAGUUUGGUAGGCUACUAAUGACCAUCAGCAGCAUCAGAGCUAGGAGAAGCCUAAUUACCGUGACUAAAUGGUCACGUGGAAUUUGACUGCCUUCAUGACUCGUGACCGCAACAGCCCUAGACACACAUACACCAUCCUGACACACGCACCUUCCGGUCACACACACCUCUCGGUUACACACAUCAGCUGAUCAGACUAUAUGUUUUGAUGUGAGAGACCUUACUGAGUUAGCUCAACAAUAGGUUUGAUUGGCACAUAAAACAUACUUUCAGGUGUGGUAAUUGGUCCUCAAGUUCUCAGAGCUCCUCCUGACAUGCAGUACACAGACACUGGGUCAAGGCCAAAGGACAGGCUCCAUCAGCUUGUGAUUUAGAACAAGCUGAGAAUUAUAUAUAAUAUACACUGAACAAAAAUAUAAUCGCAACAUGUAAAGUGUUGGUCCCAUGUUUCAUGAGCUGAAAUAAAAGAUCCCAGGAAAUUUUCCAUACACACAAUUAGCUUAUUUCUCUCAGAUUUUGUGCACAAAUUUGUUUACAUUCCUGCUAGUGAGCAUUUCUCCAUUGCCAAGAUUAUCCAUCCACCUGACAGGUAUGGCAUAUCAAGAAGCUGAUUAAACAGCAUUAUCAAUACACAGGUGCACCUUGUGCUGGGGACAAUAAAAAGCCACUCUAAAAUGUAAAGUUUUUAUCACACAACACAAUGCCACAGAUGUCUCAAGUUUUGAGGGAGCGUGCAAUUGGCAUACUGACUGCAGGAAUGUCCACCAGAGCUAUUGCCAGAGAAAUGAUUGCUAAUUUUUCUACCAUAAGCCGCCUCCAACGUAAUUUUAGAGAAUUUGUCAGUACGUCCAACCGGCAUCACAACUGCAGACCACGUGUAUGAUGUCGUGUGGGCGAUCAGUUGGCUGAUGUCAACGUUGUGAACAGAGUGCUCCAUGGUGGCGUUAUGGUAUGGGCAGGCAUAAGCUACAGACAACGAAUACAGUUGCAUUUUAUCUAUGGUAAUUUGAAUGCAUAUAGAUACCGUGACGAGAUCCUGAGGCCCAUUGUCAUGCCAUUCACCCACCGCCAUGCAAAGGAGAUGUGCCAUGCUGCAUGAGGUGGUUACACCAGAUACUGAAUAGUUUUCUGAUCCACACCCCUACUUUUUUUUUAAAGGUAUCUGUGACCAACAGAUGCAUAUCUGUAUUCCCAGUCAUGUAAAAUCCAUAGAUUAGAGUCUAAUGAAUUUAUUUCAAUUGACUGAUUUCCUUAUAUGAACUGUAACUCAGUAAAACCUUUGAAAUUGUUGCAUGUUGCGUUUGUAUUUUUUUUCAGUAUAAUAAAUGCCAUUUAUCAGACGCUUUUAUCCCAAGCGACUUACAGUCAUGAAUCGAACCCACUAUCCUGGCGUUGCAAGCACCAUGCUUUACCAACUGAGCUACUGAGAACAAAGUCUGGGUAAACUGGUGUAGCAUAGACCACAUGGUUUAGUAGCCCAUCAUUCAGCGAUCAGAUGAUAUCUGUUAUGCCCUAUGAGUAACUUCAGGAGACUAAUGUAAACCCCCUCUCUCUGUCAGGUCUGACCUGGUACCAGUCUACUCCUUUGGGGAGAACGAUGUGUACAAGCAGGUGAUCUUUGAGGAGAGAACCGCGUGGCGGCUGGCUCAGAAGCGGCUGCAGAAGAUUCUGGGCUUUGCUCCCUGUCUGUUCCAUGGCUGUGGCCUCUUCUCCUCCGACUCCUGGGGAAUGGUGCCUUACAACAAACCCAUCACAACCAUCGGUAAGUAAAACCCUCUCCAAGACCCUACUGACAAAGUCUCACUAGGGUUGCAAAGCUACCGAUAAUUUAACAAAUUUACCGGAAUCUUUAGUAAUUUUGGUAAUUGCCAUAGAUUUUCUGUUAAUCUAUCAUAACUUUGGUAAUUUGUACUUGAAUAACUUUUGAAAAAUGUAUUCAUAUAUAGUAUUAAUAUAUUAUAUCUGUGUCCAUAUUGUCCAUGAGUUUCUAGUAGAUAGACCAUAUGGUUCAAUAGCCUAAAUAUCCACGUAAAUAUCAGAAGCCUCCUUCCUAAGUUUGAGUUAUUCACUGCGUUAGCACACUCCGCCAACCCUGAUGUUCUAGCAGUGUCUGAAUCCUGGUUUAGGAAGGCCACCAAAAAUUCUGAAAUGUCCAUCCCCAACUAUAACAUUUUCCGUCUAGAUAGAACUGCCAAAGGGGGUGGAGUUGCAAUCUACUGUAGAGAUAGCCUGCAGAGCUCUAUCAUACUAUCCAGGUCUGUGCCCAAACAGUUUGAGCUUCUACUUCUAAAAAUCCACAUUUCCAGAAAUAAAUCUCUCACUGUUGCUGCUUGCUACAGACCCCCCUCAGCCCCCAGCUGUGCCCUGGACACCAUAUGUGAAUUGAUUGCCCCCCAUCUAUCCUCAGAGUUCGUACUGCUUGGUGACCUAAAUUGGGAUAUGCUUAACACCCCGGCCAUCCUACAAUCUAAACUAGAUGCCCUCAAUCUCACACAAAUUAUCAACGAACCUACCAGGUACAACCCUAAAUCCGUAAACAUGGGUACCCUCAUAGAUAUCAUCCUGACUAACUUACCCUCUAAAUACACCUCCGCUGUCUUCAACCAGGAUCUCAGCGAUCACUGCCUUAUUGCCUGCGUCCGGUAACGGGUCCGCUGUCAAACGACCACCCCUCAUCACUGUCAAACGCUCCCAAAAACACUUCAGCGAGCAGGCCUUCCUAAUUGACCUGGCCCAGGUAUCCUGGAUGGAUAUAGAUCUCAUUCCGUCAGUAGAGGAUGCCUGGUUGUUCUUUAAAAGUAAUUUCCUCUCAAUCUUAAAUAAACAUGCCCCAUUCAAAAAAUACAGAACUAAGAACAGAUAUAGCCCCUGGUUCUCCUCAGACUUGACUGCCCUUGACCAGCACAAAAACAUCCUGUGGCGUACUGCAUUAGCAUCAAAUAGCCCCCGCGAUAUGCAACUUUUCAGGGAAGUUAGGAACCAAUAUACACAAGCAGUUAGGAAAGCAAAGGCUAACUUUUUCAAACAGAAAUGUGCAUCCUGUAGCACUAACUCCAAAAAGUUUUGGGACACUGUAAAGUCCAUGGAAAAUAAGAGCACUUCCUCCCAGCUGCCCACUGCACUGAGGCUAGGAAACACUAUCACCACCGAUAAAUCUACAAUAAUCGAGAAUUUCAACAAGCAUUUUGCUACGGCUGGCCAUGCUUUCCACCUGGCUACCACUACCCCGGCCACCAGCUCUGCACCCUCCACUGCAACUUGCCCAUGUCCCCCCGCUUCUCCUUCACACAAAUCCAGACAGCUGAUGUUCUGAAAGAGCUGCAAAAUCUGGACCCCUACAAAUCAUCUGGGCUAGACAAUCUGGACCCUUUCUUUCUAAAACUAGCCGCCGAAAUUGUCGCAACCCCUAUUACUAGCCGGUUCAACCUCUCUUUCGUAACGUCUGAGAUCCCCAGAGAUUGGAAAGCUGCCGCGGUCAUCCCCCUCUUCAAAGGGGGUGACACUCUAGAUCCAAACUGUUACAGACCCAUAUCCAUCCUGCCCUGCCUUUCAAAAGUUUUUGAAAGCCAAGUUAACAAACAGAUCACUGACCAUUUCGAAUCCCACCGUACCUUCUCCGCUAUGCAAUCCGGUUUCCGAGCUGGUCAUGGGUGCACUUUAGCCACGCUCAAGGUCCUAAACGAUAUUAUAACCGCGAUCGAUAAUAGACAGUACUGUGCAGCCGUUUUCAUUGACCUGGCCAAGGCUUUCGACUCUGUCAACCACCGCAUUCUUAUUGGCAGACUAAAUAGCCUUGGUUUCUCAAAUGACUGCCUCGCCUGGUUCACCAACUACUUCUCUGAUAGAGUUCAAUGUGUCAAAUCGGAGGGCCUGUUGUCUGGACCUAUGGCAGUCUCUAUGGGGGUGCCACAGGGUUCAAUUCUUGGGCCGACUCUUUUCUCUGUUUAUAUCAAUGACGUCGCUCUUGCUGCUGGUGACUCUCAGAUCCACCUCUACGCAGACGACACCAUUUUGUAUACAUCUGGCCCUUCAUUGGACACUGUGUUAACAAACCUCCAAACAAGCUUCAAUGCCAUACAACACUCCUUCAGUAGCCUCCAACUGCUCUUAAACCCUAGUAAAACUAAAUGCAUGCUCUUCAACCGAACGCUGCUUGCAACUGCCCACCCGACUAGAAUCACUACUCUCGACGGUUCUGACCUAGAGUAUGUGGACAACUACAAAUACCUAGGUGUCUGGUUAGACUGUAAACUCUCCUUCCAGACUCACAUUAAGAAUCUCCAAUCCAAAGUUAAAUCUAGAAUCGGUUUCCUAUUUCGCAACAAAGCCUCCUUCACUCAUGCUGCCAAACAUGCCCUCGUAAAACUGACUAUCCUACCGAUCCUUGACUUCGGCGAUGUCAUUUACAAAAUAGCCUCCAACACUCUACUCAGCAAAUUGGAUGUAGUCUAUCACAGUGCCAUCCGUUUUGUCUCCAAAGCCCCAUAUACUACCCACCACUGUGACCUGUACGCUCUUGUUGGCUGGUCCUCACUACAUAUUAGUCGCCAAACCCACUGGCUCCAGGCCAUCUAUAAAUCACUGCUAUGCAAAUCCCCGCCUUAUCUUAGCUCAUUGGUCACCAUAGCAACACCCACCCGUAGUAUGCGCUCCAGCAGGUAUAUCUCACUGGUCAUCCCCAAAGCCAACACCUCCUUUGGCCGCCAUUCCUUCCAGUUCUCUGCUGCCAAUGACUGGAACAAAUUGCAAAAAUCUCUGAAGCUGGAGACACUUAUCUCCCUCACUAACUUUAAGCAUCAGUUGUCAGAGCACCUUACCGAUCACUGCACCUGUACACAGCCCAUCUGAAAUUAGCCCGCCCAACUACCUCAUCCCUAUAUUGUUAUUUAUUUUGCUCAUUUGUACCCCAGUAUCUCUAUUUGCACAUCAUCUCUUGCACAUCUAUCAUUCCAGUGUUAAUACUAAUUGUAAUUAUUUUGCACUAUAGCCUAUUUAUUGCCUUACCUCCAUAACUUGCUACAUUUGCACACACUGUAUAUAUAUUUAUUUCUGUUGUAUUUUUGACUUUGUUUUGUUUUACCCCAUAUGUAACUCUGUGUUGUUGUUUUUAUCGCACUGCUUUGCUUUAUCUUGGCCAGGUCGCAGUUGUAAAUGAGAACUUGUUCUCAACUGGCUUACCUGGUUAAAUAAAGGUGAAAUAAAAAAAUAAAAUAAAAAAAUUGAUGAAAAAAGCAUUUAAUUAACAUUAUUAUAAAUGAACUCUGCAACUCUUCCAACGAUUGACUGUGUUCACAACUGCCACCAGUUUGACACCAAAACAUUGACAGCAAAUUCAUAUUGACAGUGUGUAAAAAAAUAUAUAUUUAAAAGGAUAUUUCAUGCUGAAAUCCUCAUAUUAAAAACCAAUGCUAUUCUCUUAGUUGAUGGGUUUAUAUUUAGGAUAAUGUUUUACGGCUAUGUCAUUCAAAAUGUUGUAUCAUCUUAUUUAGUAUUUUGACAUGUUAUUAGUCCACACAGAGGGCCAGAGAUGAUUACAGACGCCUGUGAUAAUCAGAAGUACCCGAAAGAGCCUCUAGAUGUCUUGUGAUAGAUUAACAUAAAAUCCUUGUAGUUUACUGGUAAACUUAGAACGUUUCCAGUUAUUUAUCCUCCCUUUUCAAUCCCAUCUCUCACAGGCAUUUAGUGCUGGUUGACUUAGUUUCUGUUAGGGAUUCCGUUUUAGGAUGGUCUGUGGCCUUAUAUAAUUUCAAUGAUCGGACUGUUAUGGUUACUACCAAGCCGUUGAGCUACUCUAGUUCCUCUGUGUUAACAGAACCAUCCACACAGUCAAUAUUUACUCUCCCCUGCAUCAAGGCUGUAUUAAUGUUUAACACUACAGCUCAUCAAACUACAACAUUUCCAAUAGGUUAAAUGUUUUUUAAAGUUGAUUUUGGGGAUAUUGAUUUUCACAUGUUUAUUUGUCUUAGUGGGUGAACCGAUCACAGUGCCAAAGAUUGAGCAGCCUCCUCAGGAUAUGGUGGACCUGUACCAUGCCAUGUACAUCAAUUCCCUCAGGAGCCUCUUUGACAAGUAUAAGACCCACUUCAGCCUGAAGGAGAGUGACAUCCUGCACAUCCAAUGAGAAAAGAGAGAAAGGGGCAGCUGUGGCAGCUGUCUGUUCAGCCCCGCCCCCUCCAUUCAUGUGCCUGGCUCUGAUUGAUUGUCUCUGGAAUUCAAUCGAUAUACAUAAAGUUGUGUGUAUAUAUAAACCCACCACGCUCUCAGCAUCACUCACGUCCCUCCUCCACUCAGGAUGAAAAUGGCAGGUUUUAGGUCACCUUACUAUUCUCUCUGACCUAGUCACUGUCAAAGGCAAAGUUGACUAACUUCCAUUUAUUGAAUGUUUUAUUGAGCAUAUGACACAUCUAUAGAUGUGUUCCGUGACAUAAAAGAUUAGUAUAGUUUGAUAAGGUUCGAUCCCUUGCUUUAAUGUGCAGUGGAACUCCCUCUAGGUGGCACUAGAAGGUUACACGAGACACACACACAAGCACCAUCUUUGUUUCCUCAAUGCAUCCAUGUAAUUGUCCCUUAGAAUAGGCCUGUACAAAGAAUGUGUUAAGUGCCCUAAAAGCUAAAUAUAGGAUGACGUUUUGAGCCCUUCAUAAAAAUGUUUUGCUAAAUGCACAAACAAUGCAAUUGUAAGGGUAUUACCUCACUAAGACGUUGAUACAGUGUGGUUUAUUGAGCCAAAGAGCUGAUGGGUGUCCCCUCCCCACACACAUCAUUGAAACUUGAAGGUGAAGGAAUUCUAUUGAAUGGUUUAGAUUGUGCGAUGGCACUAAGUAUUAAUUGUAUUUUGUAAAUAAGAAAAAGCUAUUUUUUUUUCUCAAUGAAAAUUAAUAUAUAGAUGCACUUUUUGUAUUUGUGACAACCCUCUGAGGUAUUUCUCUAUAAUAAUAAUAAUAUAAAUACUCUAAAACGUGCCUUUGAAAGAUUCCUAUGUCAAAUUAGCUUUUUUCAACAUAAUUGCCAAUUUCAAAGAGAAUCACUGUGGUGCUUUUGUCAUUUAACCUUGACCUUCUUUGUUUUUGUUUUCUCUUACAUUUCUCCACAUGUGAGUGUAUUGACUGGGCUUCAGAGUGUUAUCUAGAGCCUUGAGGCCCCAUGUACUGUAGUAUUUGAAGGUUGAAGAUGUUGGUGAUGUAAGAACAAUUUCAGGGUGAAGACAAAUGAUUCCUCUAUACAGAGGGCAGAUAACUGAUGAAUGAAAUGAAAAGGAAGGGAUUGCAAAGCAUAUGCUCAUAAAAAAAAAUAACUACAAUGCAAACUUCUUAGGGGGGUUCCACUAAUUUCAGUAAAAUGGCAAAAGGGUUGCUAUCACAGAUUUGAAUAUAGAGUAUACAAGUCACGAACUCCCCUGGUAAUUACCAAGAAGUGUUUGAGAUAAAUACUUUUUUAAUAUUGGGCAUAUCAAGCACAGAAUCAAGUCUACCAUCCUGCCAAUUAUCCUAGAUGCAGAAAUGUAUGUAGGUUGUAUAUUAUGCAAGAUAAAAAGACUACAAUUAUUUUGCCAUGUGGUGAAAUCUUGAGGUUGGUGAUAAAUAGAAGUGUCAUUCAAAAUGUAAUUUCUUCUAGCUUCACCGGUGACUUUAUGCAAAGAGCAGUGAACAUGGGGCUCUCCUAAUUCAUGUGCAAUAAAUAUAGCAAUAAAUAGCAGCCAAUGCCUUUUAUGUUGUGAAUGAAUGGCUUCAUCACAAUCAGUCUAUUGAAAUGAAACGUUUGUAUGUUUUCAGAAUAAAACUUGUACAUGUCUGUGUUAAC